UAUCGCGAGGUUUUGUGCGGUAGCUGGCGGCGGGUACGGGAUGCGGUCGGAGGAGACUUCUAGAGGCUUAGGCGCGGCGGUUACUGCUCGUAGUCCAGGCGGACAGGAGAAGCUAUCGGCCGCGGAGGCCCAGUUCCUCCGGGAAUCUCCUUGGCGAGAUCCUCAGACACCGCCAGCUUUGUCCUUUAUCUCUGAAGGCGGGAUCGUGAAACCUCGCGAGGAGAAGACGGCGCUGAGAAAGGUGGUCCUGCGGCGGCUGCCUCCAGGCCUCACGAAGGAGCAGCUGGAGGAGCAGCUGCGCCCGCUGCCCGCGCACGACUACUUCGAGGUGGCUGGCGCGGACCUCAGCCUUUAUCCAUAUCUCUACUCAAGAGCAUACAUUAAUUUUAGGAAUCCCGAUGACAUCCUUCUGUUCAGAGAUCGUUUUGAUGGAUAUGUCUUUAUGGGCAGUAAAGGCGUGGAGUAUCCUGCCGUGGUAGAGUUUGCCCCAUUCCAGAAGGUAGUCAAGAAGAAGCUGAAAAAGAGAGAUGCCAAGAUAGGGAGCAUCGAAGAUGAUCCAGAGUAUAAGCAGUUUUUAGAAACUUACAGCAUGGAAGAGGAAAGAACCAGUGCCAAUCCUGAACUUCUUCUGGAAGAGAUAGAGGCAAAGACAAGAGAACUUGUUGCUAGAAGGACCACACCUCUAUUGGACUAUAUUAAAAACAGAAAAUUAGAAAAGCAGAGAAUUCGAGAGGAGAAGCGGGAAGAGCGAAGGAGGAGGGAGUUAGAAAAGAAACGUUUGCGGGAGGAGGAAAAAAGAAAAAGACGAGAAGAAGAAAGGUACAAGAGGAAAGAGGCAGAUAAACAAAAGAUAACGGUUGAGACAGAAAUGAGGAUUAAGCUUCUUAAGAAACCAGAACACGAAGAAGAACCAGACACAGAAAAGCAAAAAGAAAAAGGUGAAGAAGUCAGCAUUGAAGGUGGAAAACAGGAAACUUGUGCCCUCUGUACUUUUGUGAGAGCCAGGCCCUCAGAGAAACCAGUGGGGGCAUGUAAGGAGAAGUCACAGGAUGACAAUGACAAAGAGCAGAAAGACUUGGAGAGAAGAAUCCAAGGACUUGAAAUGCCAGAAUGCUACUCAGAUGAUGGCAGAAAGCACAGUGGUCACUCUGAGUUUGACAGGUUUCCUAGAAGGAAUGACGAUGAACUGAGAUGGGGGAAGAGGAUUCACCCAAGACAGAGGGAAGACGGGGAGCCAGGAGAAGGGCAUCCCUCUGAAGACAGCAGAGAGCCUGAACAGGAAGCAGCAGGGGUUUUACAGCCUGGCAUCUGGAAGGGAGUGCCCAGGAAAUAGGGCCUUGUAAUCUACUUUUGUCAACCCUGAGUGAGCAUUGCUUCUGCAGACUCACAACCACUGUUUCUAAACACAUUUUCUUAUUAAAUCAUACAGGAGUCUGCUUAGCUGUGUUAAGGUCCAGAAUUAUACCCUGACUAUCUGAGGUCCCAGCUCACAUUACUUCUGACAGUCUCAGGGCCUCUGCAGUGAUGUCUCUUGGGGCAUUCUUUUUUUUUUUGUCUUUUUCCUUUUUAUCGGUACCAGGGAUCGAACUCAUGACUGUCUGUUGCAAGGCAGGCGCUUAUGCCGCUGAGCUAAAUCCCCAGCCCCUCUUGGGGCAUUCUUGCUCAUGCAGAUCCUGGAGGUGGCCCUGGGGUGAACCUGCCAUGACCUGCCCUCAGAGAAGCAAGUUGUUUCUCACCAAGAAUUUUGUUUAGUAUAAAGCUAGAAUUUUAGAGUUUACUUUGAAUGAGAUUAUAACAUCUUAAAUUAGGAAAAUACAACCUUCUAUGGAUGCUUCUGUGUUACUGACCAUGAGCACUUUAAGCCUGUUCUGCGAAGGUGUGGACACAGUACAGGGCCUGACCAACAGAUUUUGUUUUUAAAGUUUGCAUUUGGUCAUGUCUACCCAGAGAAACAUUACAGGUGAUAGCAUCAUACUCCUGGGGCCAGUUUCCACCCUGGAGCUAUGUCUGCAUUCUGCAUGAUUGUGGCAUCUUAAGAAUAUAUUACAAAUGAGAAUAUAGUGUGACUUCCUCAGCCAGUUUUCCUCACUCACUUCUUCAGACCCUUCCUGGUUGCUACACGUGAACGAUAUUGUUAACCUGUCUAGGAAAGGCCACACUGAGACCUCAGGAGAACCUUCUGGCCUUCACCUGUGACCCCAGUGUCUUCAUGUUCACAUGACCACAUCACUUGUACCUGCCUCUGUGUUUGAACAGUAAUGGGUGGUUUGGAUGCCUGCAUACCUGAGUAGAGCCCAUAAAGACUCCUGCCUGACUGAACUUGGCAUGUGACAGCAAGGCACUGUGGUAUAACUUCCUCUAAGAGGUCUAGCAAGGGACACUUUCAAACUUAGACUUUGUCCCUAUCUAUGUAUACAGACAGCAUCCUUGGUGGUGGUAGUGGGCUUGCGCAUAUGUCUUUGGGGCCUGCUGAGUCACUGAUGGUGACUUGGGGAUCCAUGCACAGCCCAGGAAUAGUCAAGGUGAGUGUAGAAUCCUAGAAAGACAAAGCAGUGGGGUCUGGUCACAAGAUUCCUGCUAGGGUGCUCCUGGGCUCCUGUGGUGGCUGGAGAAGAUGCAGGGAUUUGGAGCUGGAAUUAGGGUCCUUUGCAAGGUGAGGUUGUCUGGCCUGGCGCAGGGAAGAGUUGUCCUCAGUGUUAGCAGUGGAGCUUUUAGAAUCACUGCUUCUCUGGCUCUUGCUGUCCUCAUGCCAUACAGCAUAUGCUUUUCAUGUCCUUAUUCAGUCAUUGUUUUUAGUCUGUCUCCAGUAGCUUAGUAAAAUGCAGGCAAGUAUUAUCCAAAGGGGACCCCACAGCCUGUGAUUGCUGGUUAUAUACAAAAGUAUUUGUACAGUACCUGUACACAUCUUCCCAGGUGCUUUAUUUUUUGUUUUGUUUUGUUUUUUGGUACCAGGAAUCACACUCAUGACUUUGCACUUGCCAAGCAUGCACUUAAGCCACUGAGCUAAGUCCCCAGCCCUUCCUAGUUACUUUAAAUCACCUGUGGGUUACUAAUAUUUUGUAAAUGCCAUCUAAGUACUUGUACUUAGAGAAUGAUGACUUUAAAAGUCUGUGCAAACUACCGGCUUGAUUUUCAUCUCAGUUGGCCAUAUCUACAAAUGUGGGAGCAGAGAUACAGAGGCCCCACUGACCCACACUGGUUGUUACUAAUGUUAAUGGCUGUUCUAGCUCACAUACCCAAAAGCUGUCUUUGGCAUCCAUGCCUAGUGUUCCAGACCUAGUGUUAUCCAGAAAUCCAUCAAGUCACUAUGACUGGUCAAGAACAGUCUGCCUAAGAGUCAGGGAUUUAGCUCAGCAGCAUAAGCAUCUGCCUGACAGACAUGAGGUUGUGUUUUUAUCCCUGGUACCAAAAAUAAGUAAAAGAGCAGUCUGCCUCUGUGCAGUAGCCCCUAGUGUGUAGUCAUACAUGCCCGUUGCUUGACCACUAGGUCCAUGCUUAGUUGAACCAAACAUGAAAUGACAAAUAUGGCACAGGGUUAUUUCUCACUUUGUGGUUACAGGGCACCUGGACAGAUGGUAGAAAUCAUCCUGUUUGGGGUAAGGUUUUGCUUAGUUUAAAUUGUGCCUCUAUCUCCAAAUGGGCAUGUUGAAGUGUUACUAUCACUGUGCUUGCAAUAGGUUAAAUGGUGUCAUGAGGUGGACACUGCUCUGACAGGACUUAACGGGUACUUACAAAAAGAGCAGAAAGUAGGGUGUGGUGCGGAUGCCUAGUAACACUGGUAAGCUAAGGAGAAAUACAUUUUUUCAAAGAAAAGUUUCAAAACAAUCCAGACAACAACGGUAUGAACAUUGCACAUUGCCAUGCCUCCCAGAGUACAAGACAUCUGCAUUCAGUUGUCCAAAGUGCAAACCUUUCUCUUCAAUGAACUCAGAGAAAUCAGUAUAACUGUAUUAACUACUAUGUAUAUACAGUUUCAGCUCACACUAGUGAAACAGUACGAUGUUUACACGUGUGUCUGAUUUAUUUUACUUAAACACAUUUUCACAUUCAUUUACCUAUGAAAGUCUCUAGUUUGUCCUUUAUGGCUGAAUAGUAGUCCAUUGUAUAAAAGUACCACAUCUUUUUAAUCCAUUCCUCCUCAGUUGAUGGGCAUUUAGGUUAUUCCCAAGAUCUAGCUAUUACAAAUUAUUCUGCUGUAAACAUGGGAGCACAUAUAUCUCUCUGAUAUGAUGUUUUUAAUUGUUCCGGAAAGAUACCUAGAAGGGGAAUAAGUGGUUGAAUGGGACCUCUAAUCCUAGUUUUUUGAGGUAUUGCCACACUGAUUUCCAAAGUAGUUGUACCAGUCCAGACUCCCACCAACACUAGAGUUCCUUUUUCCCACACAGCCCCUCCAGCAUUUAUUAUUGCUUGAUUUCUUAAUAAUAGCCAUCCUUUCUAGGAUGAAGUAGAAUCUGAGUUUUUGUUUCUUUGGUACCAGGGAUCAAACUCAUGACCUCAUGCUUUCCAAGCAGGUGCUUAUACCACUGAGCUAAAUCCCUGGCCCCUCUCUCUCGAAUGACUAGUGAUGAACAUUUUUUCAUAUAUCUAUUUGUGCUUAAGAGACACAAUUUUGAGCUCACCCUGGAGGAUUGAGAAACUUCAUGGAUCCUACCUCAGAAAUAUAAAGGGCUGAGGCUGCAGCUCAGGGCAAUUACUUAAAAGCAACCCUUAGUGGUGGCUCAAGAGGCCAAGAUGCUAAAAAUUCCCAUCAGACUUAAGGGGGGGGGGAAGGACUCUAGAAUGAAUUACGUGCUACUUUCUUGCCCCCUAACUAUGGACCCCUUAGGACUGAAUAAUAGUCUCUUCCCAAAACAUUGAAAAAACACCAGUGAGAAAACCUCAAUGUCUUCAGAAAUGCUUUACUGCAAUUAAAAUGGAUUUGUUGUGUUCUGAAAAGUGCCCCUAAAGGAUGUCUACAUGUCAAUUCCUAGAACUUACAGAAAAGAAUCUUGGCAGGUGGAUUAAGUUGAGGUUGAUUAUCCUAGGUUGUCCAGAUAAGCCACACAGGUGGGAUGGUGUAAUGUGCAGAUAAAGGUGUAAUGUGCGGGAUAGGGGCUUGUGUUAUACCCUCAGGGACACCUACAACCACAAGAGGCUGGAAGAGCCAGGAAAUGGGUUCUCCCCAGCCCAGAAGGGGCAUGGCUCUAGCAAUACCUUGGUUUUGGCUCUGUUGAGACUGAAGCAGACUUCUGACCUCCACAGCUGUAAAGAGAACAAAUUUCUAUUAAUGCAAGCAUCCCUCAUCAUUUUAAAAAAUGUACAAUCUGAUAAGGUUGAUUGAUUGAUUCUGGGGAUUAAAUUCAGGGGCUUUGCAAUGAACUAUAUCCCUGCCUCCACCCCUUUUUCAGACCAAGUCUAACUGAGUUGCCCAGGGUGGGCUUGAACUUGGGACCCUCCUGUCUCAGCAUUUUAGGUUCCUGGGAUUCCAGGCAUGCCCCACCAUGUCCCUCUCUUUUAAGUCCCUAAAUCUGUAGCUUCUAAUACAGAUUCCCUGAUUAGAGAAAGAAAAUCUAGGAGUUGAGUCAAAACUGGCAAGUUUACCAUUGCUAUCAGAAUGGCCUAGCUCCCAUGUUUGGUUUUAUUAAUCUCAGAGUAAUGGGGUGAAACAUGAGCUGCACACUAAAUUCCUAGUUGAUUUACAUAGCUAAAAUCCAUUUAAGGUCUGGGGAAUAUAGGCCUGAUCAGAGGCCUAUCAGACAGAGACAUGGCCCUUCAUCCAAUUUCUAGACAAGUCUAAAGUCACUCACACAGACACUUUAAAUGAUCAGGAAAGAACUUUCUAAGAAUAUACAGUUGUGCACUGCUGAGAUUGGGAGAAGAGCAAGGACAGGAAGCAACAGAAAAUCACAGGGACAAGAACUGAAAAACCAGACAUCAAACAAGCACUGUUAAAGGAUCAGAAAGCCAACACAUAGAAGUCACCCUAUCCCUUCCCAUCCAUGCACAAAACCAAAGGUACAAGAGCCUGAGUUGCAUCCAACUUCACUUGCAUUGCAGGGUUUUAAAUUUUUUUUUUUUCAUUUUAGAGACUAACAUAAAACAAACCAAAACAAUGGGAACAAUAUUGGACUUCAAAACCAAGACAGUAGGAAAUCAACCAUAGUUACUGCAGUGCACACUGUUAUCCCCUAAAUAGAUGCUCAGACUACCAGACAUAGGGUAUGCAGAGUCGACCAAUGGCACAAGCGCUAAGUUGUUUCUUCAUUUGCCAUUAGCUCAGAAAUUUCAGGUGUGUGGCUUCUUACGUCCUCUAUGCCUAUGCUGAACUUUCUCUGGACAAGAUAUAGGCAUGCAAAAUUAAACAAUAUAAGCUAA